ACCUAACACUGGUUCCUUGAGCAGAGAGAAAAGGAAUAUAACCGGGCCGGUACCAGCAGCACACAGGCCUGUAGAGCAGGCACAGCUGUGAGAGUGCACGAAUGCGCGCUCCCGGCGCCCCAAGCCUGCCAGGGCUUUGCACGACAGUAACCUCACGGAGCCGCGGCUGGUAGUGGGGAGACCUUUAUCCCAUUCCUCCUCCUCCUCCUCCCUCCCUCCGCCGCCGCGUCUCUCUACCUCAGCAUGGCGGCCCUGAGCAAGUCUAUCCCGCACAGCUGCUAUGAGAUCGGGCACACCUGGAACCCGUCAUGCUUCGGCUCCUACCUGCAGAUCACGCAGGGCGCCAUGGAGGAAGCCUUCAAAAUCUACGCGCCCCUGUACCUGGUAGCAGCAAUCCUGCGGAGGAAGAAUUUAGAUUACUAUAUACACAAACUACUACCUGAACUUUUACAAUCAACGUCCUUCUUAACGGCUAAUGGAAGCCUGUACAUUGCCUUCUUCUGCAUCCUAAGGAAACUGCUUGGAAGAUUCUACUUCUGGACGCCUGGAUUCGGUGCUGCCUUACCUGCUUCUUAUGCUGCUAUUCUGAUUGAAAGGAAAAGCAGGAGAGGGCUGCUGACAAUUUAUAUGGCCAACCAGGCCACAGAGGCGCUGUUUCGAAUGAGCGUGACGAGGGGAUAUAUAAAGCCAAUAAGACACGGGGAGGUCCUGUUAUUUUGCAUCACGGCUGCACUGUACAUGUUCUUUUUCAGGUGCAGGGAUGGACUAAAAGGAUUCGCCUUUUCAGCUCUGAAGUUCAUUGUGGGGAAGGAAGAGAUCCCGGCACAUACGUUGGUGCCAGAGAGCAUGUAUGCCAGAGCCGAGGAGAAGAAGAGCAAAGAGCAGAGGGGGCUCUCCCGGAGCAGCAUCAAGAAACUCAUGGACACAAUAUGCAAACAUGGACCAAGACACAGAUGUUGCAAACAUUAUGAAGACAACUGCAUCUCCUACUGCGUUAAGGGCUUUAUACGAAUGUUUAGCAUUGGCUAUCUGAUCCAGUGCUGCCUCCGCAUCCCCUCCACCUUCCGACACCUGUUUACAAAACCUUCCCGCUUGCUGUCCCUCUUCUACAAUAAGGAGAACUUCCAGCUUGGGGCUUUCCUCGGAUCUUUCGUCAGUAUUUAUAAGGGUACAAGCUGCUUCUUGCGUUGGGUUCGUAACUUGGAUGAUGAGCUUCAUGCAAUCGUAGCCGGCUUUCUGGCUGGAAUAUCUAUGAUGUUUUACAAAAGCACCACCAUUUCCAUGUACCUAGCAUCCAAAUUGGUAGAGACAAUGUACUUCAAAGGCAUCGAGGCCGGAAAAUGUCCUUAUUUCCCACACGCGGAUAGUGUUAUCUACGCCGUCUCUACAGCCAUUUGUUUCCACGCUGCUGUUAUGGAAGUGCAGAAUUUGAGACCAUCCUACUGGAAAUUCCUUCAGAGGCUGACAAAGGGCAGGUUUGCACUGAUGAACAGAAAAGCCUUGGAUGUUUUUGACUCUGAAGCAUCUAAAACCUUCAACAAUUUUGUCCCUAAACUGGACCCAAGGUUCUGCGUUGUAAAGCCAGAGCUGCCUCUUGCCCUGUCCUGAGUUCUAAUCAUUCUGAGGGCCUGAAGCCUCCUGAUCGUCAAGAUGAAUAAAUGAAAAAGCUCCGGGGCUUGCCUCCAGUAUUAACUAAUUUACCCUGACCAAUCCAAACAUGGCUUGAUUGUAGCUGAAUAUCAUCCCAUUGGUAGAUUUAUAGAACGAUUCGAUUGGAUCAACAGUAGCGAAGCUGAUGACGAGGCCGACGUCACUCAGAAACACUGACCAUUGUGAAUGUUCCUGGGUGCUCGUGUCUGGGUCGCCAGUUAACGAUAUACUCUAAUUUAGCAGAGUAAUUUAUGACAUAGACUGAAGAUUAUAUUGGUGAUUGAACUAAUAGGGAUGCUAACCUCUAAAAAUGUCUUAAUUUGCCUCUCUAUGAAAUGGGAGAAUGUGAGCAACAUCCGGCUGUAUUUACAACCCCAACAUUGAAUCCCGAUUUGUCAUAAUUGAGCUCUAAGUACCAUGAAUUAUAGAUACGGAGGGGGCAUGUUUUCAAUUUAACUCUUUUGGUUUAUGUACUCAAAUUAAAUUGUGAAAGCAAGAACAUCUAGUCAGUUCUAAGGCUUAAGGGGUUAAGAAUCUCUCUAUCCAUCUCUCUAUCUAUCUAGUUUACAGUGUGAAAAAUCAGUCCCUCCGUGUACUGACCAAUAAGGGCAAAUUCCCUCCGAGCAACAUGUCAGCUAUAAAACUUGCCUUUGGGAAGCCGACAUUGCACAGUUGUAGCAACUUGUUCAGCCUUAGUGUUAAGAACUGGAUCUGGGGCUUUAGAAUCGCUGAACUGUUUUAUUUACAGUGUGGAAAAAACAAUAGAAAGAUCAGUCCCUCCAUUUACAGACCUAUAAAAGCAAAUUAGCUCCAUCCAAAAUGUCGGCCAUAAAAUCUGCCUUUGGGAAGGUGGCCAUGAACAAUAAUACUGAUUUGACCAACCUUGGUGUUAAACAAGUGGAUCUUUGGCUUAAGAAUCUACCGUUCUACAGUUGCUGAACUGUUUUACAGUGUGAAAGAUUAGUCCCUCCAUCUACUGACCAAACAGGGCACAUUCCCUCCAUCUAAAAUGUCCGCCAUAAUAUUUGCCUUUGGGAAGCCGCACACAGUAACGGCUACUUGUUCUGCCUUAGUGUUAAACAACUGGAUCUGGGGCUUAGGAGUCUCUCUGUCAGUCGCUGAAAGAGUGUCAGUAAUAUCAGUCCCUCAAUAUACUUAGCCAAGUGAUAUUCUCUCCAAUCAAAAUGGCGGCCUCAACAUCGGCUCUUGGGAAGCUGUCUGUGCACAGUAAGGUCUAGUUCUUCAGCUUUCUUGUUUAAUGGCUGGACUUAUUGGGGCAGAUUGCACAGGUCCUGUUGUCUGGCCUUUAGGCCCAAAUAAUUAGAUCAUAUUAAGGGGAAAUAAUUCCAGGUUACACACCAGCUGUGACACUCUUGUAAUAGGAACAUACUAUGUUACCGUUGGCGUGUUCCAGUUCCAUGACAUGGUCCAUAAAUGGCAGGAUCUAGAGCCAAGUUGGCCAACUGCACAGAUCUAGUUGUCUUGAAGUUUGUCAGACAGUUCACAGAGGGGCCCAUGGGAGGGAAACCUAAGCCUUUGGCUAAAUAUCUUACAGUUGUGUGUAUGACACAAACUACCCCAGGUUUUACCCCAUUUACAGAGUGAAUGGCUUCACAUGCUGUGUCUAUGGCACUUGCGGGGCAUCAUGGGAGAAUAUGGAAGGUUCCAACCCAGUUACGAGGGAUAUACAGUAUACAGGCACAUUUUUCUUUCAGGUCCUUCCUUUCUCAUCGGGAGACUUACAAUUGAGAUAAAUAUUGAGAUAGGUGACUUUUCAGUAAAGAAGUCAGUCAGUUAUUAAAGCACUUGAGUCUUGGUUUCCCUUUUACCCCCUGGGUCACCCAAAUUUGUUGUUUUGGGGGUAGUUGUUUAUGGGAGUUUUAUUUAUGGGAGUAUAUGGGAUGCUGAAACUGCAGCAGGGUUUUCUCCCAGGAAUGAAAUCAUUAGGAUUAUGGGACAUAACUAAUGACAAAUGGGAGGAUUUACUUGGCACCAGAUACCCCAACCCUUGUCAUGUCAUGUGACUAAGGCUGUCACAUGGGUUGGUGGCACUAGCCAGCAGCCUGUUUGGUGCAUACUCUCCAUGUGCUAAGAGCCUAUCUGAUGACAUAAAAUAUGAUUUGGUGAAAGACAUGAGGAGCUGCUACCAUGAAAUGUCAAAAACAUUGCAAUGGAGUCUUCAAACAAGACCAAGUCGGCCUUUCUGACCCUGAGGGGUCCCUUGUUCUCUAGUUAUGAGGAGUAUUCUGAAGUGAGCAGGUUACUAAUGGCUUCCUACUCCUCCCGCUCAAUAGGCACGUUGCUUACUGUCCAAGAAAUAUUCCAGCUCUUUGUUUCUAUUCUGCACAUUUUGUCUCUGAGAUCCUUGUUAUGCUCCUCUUCUUGGCCAAGUCUUUGUUUAGAGAUGCCCAUCACAGUGAUCUGCUGGUUUCAUUAUAUAUAUAUAUAUAUAUAUAUAUAUAUAUAUAAUAUAUAUAUCAUCAGUAGAGCUGUGCCUGCUCCCAUGAAUACAGCUGCUCUGCUCCCAUGAAUACAGCUGUGCCUGCUCCCAUGAAUACAGCUGUGCCUGCAUCCGUGAACACAGCUGUGCCUCCUCCCAUGAAUACAGCUGCUCUUCUCCCAUGAAUAGAGCUGUGCCUCCUCCCAUGAAUACAGGUGCUCUGCUCCCAUGAAUACAGUUGCUCUGCUCCCAUGAAUACAGUUGCUCUGCCCCCCAUGAAUACAGCUGUGCCUGUAUCACCAAAAAUAAAACCUGAAGACCAAGUGCAAAGCCGCACUGUUUCUUUCCACCUGCGAGGUACUACAAGCUGAAUGUUUGGGUUCAGAUAAAUUCCAUUUGCAGAAUUUUUUUGUUCUGUUGUGUUAUUUCAUACACUUUCUUUUGUAUCAUUUAAACCCAUUUAUUGGCCCAUUGUACGGUACAUUGGGAGGUUCCUGGAGGCUGAAUGUUUUUCUAGUAACUGUACCCGGCCCGUAGGAUGGGGCCCAGCUGAGCCGACUCCCGCGCAUGAUCUGUGAAUUGAGACAAACUUAUGUUCUGUUAGGGAUAAUGAUAAAAUAUCAAUUUGGUCUUUAAUCUAUAGCAAAACAAUAUAUAUAUAUAAUAUAAUAUAAAUUCCGGAACAUUUAUUUGUAAGGAAAGAUAGAUAUCCAGUUAUGAUUUUUUUCUCAGUUUUACCUCUGUUUUCUAUGAUUUGUUUUUAAAAAAAAAAAAAUAUGUAUUUAAAAAUAAAAAAUAAUUUAAUCACA